AUGGGCCCUAAUGCAGAAACUGGUCCACCAACCUCUGAAACAUCUAGUGCCAACACCGGCUCACUUUCGCCCAGUAGCAUUGAUGUAUUGGGAACGUUGCUUAGUGUCGCAGCAGCUGCAACAGCUGCUUCUCUCCUCACAGGGACUUCCGAGCCUAUUUUUUCUUCUGGACUUGCGCCCUUAUCUCAGUCACCAAAUCAGCCUCCUCAAAGUGUGUCAGAUCGGCCUCUAUCACCUACACCAACAGGUGACGCUGGGCGGAUGCGUCAUGUCUGGAGCAGCUUACGUGAUCGUCUUGGUCUACGCACACCUGGAAUGGGAACGCCCGGUGUUGAUGAGGGCACGGGUAGACCCAGUCCUCGCGAUGCGCGCGAGCUUCUGCUUACGGAGAUGGCUCGGGCCUUCAAUUUGGGUCUUGGUCUAGGAAGACCGCCUGUGGUCCCUGAUGCGACCAAUGCUAACGGACCCGCGGCGCCCAUAGCUGAGCCACCCUCUGCUGAUGGAGGUGAGACCAGUGACGUUCCUGUAAUGCCCCCGCCUGGCAGCUUUGAGCGUUUCCUUAUCGAUCUUCAAUCAGAUCUAAGGGUUGCGCUUGCGCAAGACAGUACCCCUGUUGACGCCGACCGCGAGGGCAAUGAUGGAGGUGUGGGCGAUGAAGAUAGCCAUGAAGGUGCACGCCAUGAGACUGAAGACGUGCCGGAUGGCACGAGUGACAACGAGUCUUACGACACCGCCGCAUCCGACAUCGAUGAUAACAUGCCUGAACUUCAAAGCGUUUCUGAUGAGGCCGAUGAUCCGGAUUUGGAAAGUGAUAACGCCCAGGUCCACGAUGCCACAGCAACCUUGCCUCGCAGUGCCCACGCUGACACCCUUUCUGGAGAGGCGGGUAUAGACACAGGAAUUCCACGUAUCUCACCUGGUUCUACGUCGCGCACUGAGCAUACGCCUAUCAACUGGUGGCGAUUGUACCGUUUCCCUGCUAUCACCGCGCCAGCAAGUCGCAGUACACAAGCCCCCACGAUUGUACAGCAAGGAUCUGCCCCACAACCACUACCACACGCGGAUGGCGAUGGGGUACAAAAUGCGGGUAGUCCACCAGCUGCUUCGUCUUCUCCUUCCUUUAUUCCUUCAGAGAUGCCGGAUACUACGCACGCAACACCAGACGCCGACCUGACCGCUGGAGUACAGCCGGGUAAUGGUAAUGAACAACGUAAUGUCGUCAUUCCUGUCAUCGUCGUGGGGUUGCAAUCAGUGCACGCAGAACGCCAAUCACCUAUGCCUCCACAUCCUCCUCAUCACCUUCAUCCUCAUGUCCAUCAUCAGCCACCCGAUUUCGCAGACGAGCGCUCUACCGAAGGAGAUAUGAUGGAUUUAGAAUUUGGCAGUGAAACUGGGAUGUCUCCACCAACCCCAAUCCCUACUGCUCUAUCAGAAUUUCCACCCGAGAGUACACGACCAUCUCGCGGUCGCUCUUGGCAAUCUCGUGCAGCCGAUGCCAUCAGGAAUUUACGUCCUGGUCGCAGGGCCGCUGUGGCAAGACAGACAACGUCAGAGCCUCCAGGGUCCAGGACGUUCCUCAUUUAUGUCAUUGGUGGCUACUACCCACCCGAUCACCAAAUCAUCACAGGCGGGAACUUGGAUUCAUUCGAGGCAUUGUGGGAACUAGCCGAGUUGCUCGGUCAAGUGAAACCACCCACUGCCUCGAAGGAGGAGAUUGACAAGUCUGGACUGGAAGUGAUCAAGGCAAAUUCACUUGAGGAGUAUGCGAAGGACGGACGUGUCGCUACUAACUGUGUCGACCGGUGUCUCAUAUGUCUUGAUGACUAUGUGCCGGACGAUGACCUACGUGUCUUAAGCUGUAAACAUGCAUUCCACCAAGGCUGUGUGGAUAAGUGGCUCCAGACAGGAAGGAACAAUUGUCCUGCCUGCCGUACGAAGGUACGUCCAUUUAGCAGCCAGCAAUCAGUUUUUCAUAAGCUAUUUCAGGGCGUCGACAACGAUACCAGCCCCUCCGCUGAACCGUCCGCUUCGAGUUCAACCUUAGCACCCCAGCCAUCGGCUGCAUGA